AUGCUUUUCGCUUUGCGCUCGUUGUUACUCGUCCCAGUGUUGCUGAGCGAGGCCAUAGCAGCGGCGGAUCACCAAAAAUCUACUGCAACAGUGCGGAUUCGGAAUGGCACAGUUGUAGGCGUCAAUGACGACUCCAACCGGGUACAACGAUUUCUUGGGAUACCAUACGCUCAACCACCAAUAGGACAGCUUCGUCUCCAGCAUGCUCAACCUCUGGAUACGUCUUUUGGGACUUUACAUGCAGAUUCCUUCGGCCCAGCCUGCUACGGACCCAAGGUGGAUUCCAACCCCGAUUCAAGCGAGGACUGUCUAACGUUGAACAUCUGGCGGUCAUCCGAGCAACGGGUGGAAGGGGAAUUGAAGCCAGUGCUAGUCUGGCUUUAUGGAGGAGGGCUACGGAACGGAUAUACGGAAGAUCCUAGGUUCGAGGGGACAAAUAUGGUUCGCAUCUCCUCCGAAAUCAAGAAGGAGAUAGUGCUCGUGUCAGUGAACUAUCGUCUCGGGCCACUUGGGUUCUUGAAUGGACAGCAAAUGGUCGAUCUCAACUUGCUCAACCUUGGGAUGUUAGACCAGCGACUAGCACUGCAUUGGGUCCAGGAGAACAUUGCUUCAUUUGGUGGUGAUUCUACAAAAGUGACGCUAUUUGGGGAAUCCGCUGGUGCAGUCUCAAUAUACUCCCAUAUGAUGGCGUAUGGCGGACGAGAUGAUAAAUUAUUCCGAGCAGGCAUCUUGCAAAGUGGUGGCGCAUUUCCUCUCGAGCACCCCAAUACUACAGCCUUCCAGGAGACAUUCGAUAGCCUGAUUGAAGAUACCUCUUGUAGCUCAUUCACAAAUGCCUCAGCCGAGGAACAGCUCGAGUGCAUUCGACAGCUUCCAAUCGAGACUUUCCUCUCCCACGUUGGCUCAAGCACAGGCCAGUCAAUCGACGGCAGCUUCUCACAGACGUCGAUCCAGUUCGCAUUGCCGGCUGGAAAGUAUGUCAAGGUUGCCACUAUUGUUGGAACAAAUACGGAUGAGGGAACCACAUCGGCCCCAACAGCCAUCAACACCACAGAUCAGCUCAGCAUCCCACUCGCUGACGGCUACUUCCGCCCCAAACCCCUACCCAACUCAACCGUAUCAAACCUCCUAUCUCUCUACCCCAAUGACCCUCGCCAGGGUUGUCCCUACAACACAGGCACAAUUCCUCUGACGGCCGGAACGCUCGACAAAAAAGCCUGCUCACUCUUCGGCGACAUCGUGCAAAUUGGCCCUGCACGCCUCAUCGCCAAAUGGCUAACCAAGCACAACAACGAUAACAAUCAUGCCCAGAGCAAUAGCAAUAACAGGCGUAACAGCGCCCCAGUCUACCGCUACCGCUUCAAUCAUCUCCCGCACGACGUUGAUUCCUUAAAUAUAACACGCGGCAUCACAACAGGCAUCGAGCAGCGCUACGUCUUUUCAAACCUCAUCCCCGACCAUCCGUGGGAUCGCGCACUGGCGUAUGAGAUGAGUGCGGCGUGGGUUUCGUUUGCGUUUGAUUUGGAUCCGAACUGGGGAAGAGAAAGCGCGCUGCCUUUCUGGCCCGAGUAUGGGAGCGAGGGAAAGAGUAUGGUCUUCAGUGGGUAUGGGUCGGAGAUUGAGGACGAUAAUUACCGGGGUGAAGGGGUUAAAUUUAUCAUGGAUAAGGUGAUACCGUAUGGUGCACUAUAG